AUGAAGUGGCUGGACACUGUUACUAGUUUCGCAUGGCAGGCUGCCAAAUUUCUUAAGCCAGAUACUAGUCAAGGCAGUAUGGAUCCUAGUGUGUACGUCAAAAUAAAAUGCCUUUCGUCAGGAAACCUAGAGGAGAGCCUCUUCAUUAAGGGAAUCGUCUGUAGAAAGAACAUGAGCAAUAAAACAAUCCCUAAUCACGAAUCUCCAAAGUUGAUGCUGGUAGUGGUAGCUCAGCAUCCUAAACAUCAGAGUGUUUGCCAAUUAAGCUCCCUAAAGACUUUACUCUGGGAGGAAAGCGAUCAUGUGAAAAUGUUGAACGCACAGAUAGAGUCACUGAAUCCAGAUAUUAUACUGGUCGAAGAAAGUGUUCCUUCGAACAUCAAGCAUUAUUUACUUGAGAAGAAAAUCUUUGUGGUGCUCAAUAUGAAGAGGCCAUUGCUGGAACAUAUUGCCCGUUGCACUGGUGCCAAGUUUUGUCUUUUAGGAGAUGGUCCUUCAACUGCUCAAGUGGGUUUGUGUAAGCUGUUCCGAGUAGAGAAAUUGAUGGAACAGCAAGAAGGUAAUAGUCAACUGAGAAAAUUAUCCAAGACAUUGAUGUACAUUGAAGAUUGUCUGAGGCCACUCUUCUGCACGAUUAUGUUGAAGGUUGAUUCUGGGGAAGAUGUAAGGAAACUCAAGGAAAUUAUUAAAGAUGUAGUUUUCGAAGCUUACCAUCUGAGGUUAGAGGCUUCUUUUCUUCAAAAUGAAGAUGUUAUUAUGCCACUUAUAGAGUCACAAAAACUAUUUGAAGAUGUUUCUGGAGAUGGUGAACAGUCGUCAGCUACACACCCUGAGAAGAACAUAAUAGUUGUUUACUCGAGCCGCCACAUGUCGAAAAAGAAAGCAUGUGAACGCUCACGUCCCAUGCGGAUUCAUUUCUCGAAGCAGCUUGAUAAACAUCUUGGGGUUUUUUUGAAUGAAAUCUUCACUCAGACAACAAUAUGUGGAUUUUGUAAGAAGUGGGUGGGGUCUCACGUGGUUAGUUAUACUCACCACAGUGAACAGCUUAUCAUGAAUGUAAAUCUCUUAACUUCCGAGAAGCUUCCUGGUGAAGAGCAUGGUAAGAUCUGGAUGUGGUACAGAUGCCAGAAAUGUGAUUAUGUGGAUGGGCUGCCACCUGCUACUCCAAAAAUCAAUUUGUCAGAUGAUACCCUGAGAAUGUCUUUUGGAAAGUUCUUACAGUUUAGUUUCUCAGAUCACCCCAGUGCAAGCCGUGUUGCAACAUGCACUCACUCUCUUCAGAAAGACUGUUUACACUUCUUUGGGCUUGGGAGCAUGGUUGUGAUUUUCAGGCAUAGUCCUAUUGAUAUACACUACAUCCGUCUGCCACUAAGUAUACCUGCAGCGUCUACCAUGGCUACGGUUAAUGAGAAUCUAAUCUCGACUAGUGCUCCUGGCCACGCUUCUGAAGUAGCAAGUAACUCAAAAAGCGUUGUUCGCGUUGUUCGAUGUUAUUUUGCACAGCAGUUCUAUUCUUUAAGAAACAUUGUUACAAAAGAAGGGGACUUCUUGACAUCGUUGAAGCAUUGUAAGAAAUGGAAUGCUCAAGGAGGGAAAAGCAAUGCGUAUUUUGCGAAGAGUGUAGAUGACAAAUUAGUAGUUAAAGAAGUUGUCAAGUCGGAGCUGCGGUUUUUCAAGAAGAAGUUUGGUGAUGACUACUUCAAAUACGUUAUAGAGGCACUAAAGUCUGGUACCCCUACAUGCAUGGUGAAUAUUAUUGGAAUCUUUCAGGUCUCUGUUAAAGGUCACAACCAAACUAAGGGAUAUUAUAUGGUGAUGAAGAAUGUCUUCUAUGAUAGACAUAUUUCAAAAGUGUAUGAUCUAAAGGGAUCAGAGCGGGCACGCUUCAAUUCAGACACCUCUGGGCCAAACAAAGUUCUACUUGACAUGAAUUUGCUAGAGGAAGAGUUGUGUUUUGUUGAUAGAACUUACAAGAGAUUCAUGUUGCAGGCCAUCUGGAAUGACACUCUCUUCUUGUCGAAAGCUGGUGUAAUGGAUUACUCCCUUUUGGUCGGAUUGGAUGAAGAAAGGAGAGAGCUUUCUAUAGGAAUCAUAGACUAUCUUAGAGAGUAUUCAUUGGCCAGAAAAAUUGAGUCUGCAGCCAAGGCUUCAGGUAUACUUGGUGGCCCAAGAGUUCCUCCUACUGUAAUCUCACCUAAACUGUACAAGAACAGGUUCAGGAAAGCUAUGUGUAACUAUUUUUUCUCCUUUCCUUCUUGAUCCGUCGAUGUCUUGAACCGUAGCUUUAUGUUUUUAGCUUUAUGUUUGUAAUCAUUCUUUGAUACGGUAGUGAAUA